AUGAUUUGGCAACCAAUAAAUCUAACCGAAGUUUGUCCAAGCCAAACCACCCUUACAGCCUGCUCUCCCUUCGGAUAUAUUUAUUUGAACUUAUUAGUUCAGUUAUACGGAGGUUCCCGAUAUAAGAGGUUAGAGACAGAUGAUAAGGAGCUACAUGAUGAUAAAGAGCCAGAUGAUGCUAAGGAUGAAUAUGACUUUAUAGUGGUCGGAGCCGGCUCUGCAGGUUGUGUGGUCGCUAAUAGAUUAUCUAACAAUACGAAUUGGAAGGUGCUUCUUUUGGAAGAAGGACCAGAACAACCAGAUAUAACUCUUGCCCCAGGUCUUUCAACUGCCUUACUGGGGUCUAACAUUGUAAUGUCUUACACAACUGAGCCAAAUGGAAAAAGCUGUCUUGCUCAUCCUGAAGGAAGAUGUUCAUGGACGAGAGGUCGAGUAAUGGGCGGUUCGAGUUCAAUCAACUCAAUGGCAUACAUCAGAGGAAAUAGAGUCGACUAUGAUGGUUGGGCCGCACUUGGUAACGUUGGAUGGAGUUAUAAAGAUGUAUUGCCAUUCUUCAAAAAAUCAGAAAGAAACGAAGACAUAGAGUUUUUAGAAAGAAGGUAUCACGGAGUCACAGGGGAGCAAUAUGUCUCUAGUUAUUCUUAUGUAGAUAAGCCUUCCUUAAUGGUGACUAAAGGUUUUAUUGAAAGAGGCCUUCCUUUGGUUGACUUUAAUGGACCUCAACAAGAGGGUGCUUCGCAGGCACAGGCAUUUGCAAAUUCAGGAGAAAGAGUUUCGACAAACACAGCUUUUAUACAACCGAUAAGAUAUAAAAGGAAAAAUCUUACAGUCAAAAGAAAUUCCGAGGCCAUUCAAAUACAUUUCGAUAAAAAUAAGAAGGCAUGUGGAAUAACUUAUAUACAGAACGAAAAAAAACUAACUGCAUUUGCCAGAAAAGAAGUUAUUGUUAGCGCCGGGUCUAUCAAUUCACCAAAAUUAUUAAUGCUCUCUGGCAUCGGACCAAGAUCUCAUUUGGAAAAAUUGAAUAUACCAGUCAUACAAGAUUUAGCUGUUGGAGAAAACCUACAAGAUCAUGUAUCUUUUAGCGGCGUAACAUUUGCUUUGUCUAACAAAACAGCAACAACAGUCAGUGAAGAAGAAGUAUUACAAGCAGUAAAAGAUUACGCUGAAAUGAAAAUUAAACGUGGUCCAAUAUCUGGUAACGGACCGGUAAGCACGAUCGGGUUUAUAAAAACUGAUGAAGAUUUAAUCGCUCCGGACAUACAAUACCACUUUGGACAUAUUUCUGAUUUGGAAGAAUAUGUUGACGAUGUAUUAACAGCGGAGCAAGUACCAAUUUUCCCAACGCCAUUUUACGACGCUCUUUUGGUGAGGAUGAUGAAUUUAGUUCCUAAAAGUAGAGGCGUGCUAUUAUUAAAUGAAUCUAAUCCACUCGGUGCUCCGCUGUUAUAUCCAAAUUACUUAGGUGAUGAAAGUGAUAUCAUCCCAUUGUUAAAGGGUAUAAAAUUUAUUUUGUCGUUAGAAAACACUGAAGCAUUUAGAUCGAAUGGUGCAUAUUUCGUGCGGAAAUUGCUGCCAGCUUGUAAAGAUUACGAAUGGGGCACCGACGAAUACUUUAUUUGUAUGGUGAGAGCAUACACGGUCACCACUUACCAUUAUGCGGGUACUUGCAAGAUGGGUACGAAAUGGGAUAAAAAGGCAGUUUUGGACAAUCAGUUAAGAGUUUAUGGCGUUUGUGGAUUGCGAGUUAUUGAUGCGUCUAUGAUGCCUGUUGUUACUCGAGGUAAUACGAACGCUCCUUCUAUUAUGAUAGGAGAAAGGGGUGCGGAUUUCAUUAUUAAGUACUGGCAAGAUAAUAAUAAAGCUUAUUGUGUUGAAGCUCAUUGA